AUUGAGAGAGGGAGGAGAGAGAGAGAGAUAGGGAUAUUGGAAGAGUGCGCGCACGGACUGUAGGCUAGUUGUCAACGGUGGAUGGUUCGGUCAUCCAUGGAAUUAGAGGACGCGCGGUAGCAUCCAGGGAGGUUUGUCGUCGUGACGUUAAAUUGUCUGCUAUGAUACGGAGAAAAGUGGAGUCAGACCUUGCUAUCGAGUUUCGCUUUCACCGUUUACAAGGCAGGUUCAAGUAUGUAUACGUUGCAGUAGCGUGCGCGAUCAUUCUCAAAUAAUACCCGCGGAAUUUGUUUGUCUCUCCUAACGAAUUAUGAUGGAGUAUUGGAGACAAUGUGCAUUGUGGUUGAUCAACUGCAAGGUGCUUCCACCGAACCACCGGGUAACAUGGGAGUCCGCCCAGGUAUUCGACCUAGCCCAGACCCUGAGGGACGGAGUCCUGCUGUGUCAGCUUCUCAACAACCUCAGACCACAGUCCAUCAACCUGAAGGAGAUCAACCUUAGACCUCAGAUGUCGCAGUUCCUCUGCCUGAAGAACAUCAGGACCUUUCUGUUGGCCUGCGGCGAGACGUUCGGCAUGAAGAAGAACGACCUGUUUGAGGCCUUCGACCUGUUCGACGUGAGAGACUUCGGAAAGGUUAUGGACACUCUGUCCAAACUGUCUCACACUGCAAUUGCACAACAAACUGGAUUAAGGGCCUUUCCCACAGAGGAGAGUGUUGAAGAUGAAGACAUCUACAACCACCUGGAGGAUCUGAUAGAUGAGAAGGGGGUGGAGGACGAGGAGGACCUGUACGACUGUGUGUACGACGACGAGGACGGCGGAGAGAUCUACGAAGACCUGAUGAAGGCCGAGCCUGGCCCCCCCCCGUGAUUGCUCCAGAAGCACGUGGAGACAGACAUCAGGAGCUGCUGUCUGGCUGAGAUCCGUCAGACUGAGGAGAAGUACUCUGAAACCCUGGAGUCCAUAGAGAAGCAUUUUCUGACCCCGCUCAAAACGUUCUUAUCUCCAGGCGAGGUGGAGAAGGUGUUCAUCAACAUUCCUGACCUGGUGACAGUUCACCAGAGUUUGAAGGUCGAAGUUCAGGAGUCUGUUCAUCACAAACACGCUCAGAAUCUUUAUCAGAUAUUCAUCAAUUACAAAGAGAGGUUGUUAAUAUAUGGGAAGUAUUGCAGCCAUGUAGAAACAGCCAUCGUAGCGCUGGAUGACAUCUGUAAACACAGGGAGGAUGUGAGACUGAAACUAGAGGAGUGUUCGAAGAGAGCCAACUACGGCAAGUUCACCCUGAGAGACCUCCUGGUGGUUCCCAUGCAGCGAGUCCUCAAAUACCACCUGCUGCUCCAGGAAUUAGUCAAACACACCCACGACGCCAGUGACAAGAGCAACCUGCGCUUGGCUCUGGAUGCUAUGAAGGAUCUGGCUCAGUACGUCAACGAGGUGAAGAGAGACAACGAGACCCUCAGAGACAUCGACCAGUACCAGAGAUCCAUCGAGAACCUGAACCAGGCCCUGAGUAAGUACGGGAGGCCUAAGGGGGACGGGGAGGUGCGCGUGGCCUCGGUAGACAAACGAGCCAAACAGGACAGGCACAUCUUCCUCUUCGACGCCGCGGUCAUCGUGUGCAAGCGGCGCGGAGACAACUACGAGAUGAAGGAGGUGAUCGAUCUGCUCAUCUUCAGAUCACCAAACAACCCCACCUCUGACAAGGAGAACAGGAAGUGGUCUCAUGGAUUCUACCUCACGCACAACCAAGGUCAGAACGGCUUUGAGUUCUUCUUCAAGACCAAGGAGCUGAAGAAGAAAUGGCUGGAGCAGUUUGGCAUGGCCAUCUCCAACAUUCCGUCCUGAGAACGGCACCAGUAAUUCCACGAGUUCCGCAUGCACACCUUCCACAGCAUCACCUCCUGUAACUCAUGCAACAUGCUGCUGAGGGGGAUCUUUAACCAGGGGUAUCAGUGCUCCAAGUGUUUCCUGGGCGCUCACAAAGAAUGUCUGGGGAGGUUUGGCCCCUGUGGGAAAACAGAUCCGGGCACCCUCAGAACUCAGGACAAGCUGUUGCAUGGUCGUCGCUCAGAUCCAAGCCUACCUAAGAUGUUGGUGACCAGGAGCUACUUUGGCGUUCCCAGUCCUACCGGGGGCCCGCCCCUCAACAUCCAGACCGGUGACAUAAUCGAGCUGCUCUGUGCGGACCUUCACUGUUCCUGGUGGCAGGGCAGGAUCCUGACAACGAAGGAGGUCGGCUUCUUUCCCAGUGACGCCGUCAAGCCCUGUCCGUGUGUGCCCAAACCUAUGGAUUACUCCACACAAACAUGGUAUGUUCCUUGAAUUCUGCCUCAAAUAACAACCGUUUUGGUCGAAAGUCAGCUAGCUGCCCACGUCAGAUGGGGUCGCUUUUCCUCUGAGGUGAAGUCUCUCGAACUGUCAGCUUCCUGUUGGUCUGCUGGUGUUCUCCGUCUGGGAGGAAAGCUGUCGUGCUGUGCCACAGCCUGACUCCAGAACACGACAGACCAACACGAGCAAUGGCGCUUCCCUUCGGCUGUUCCACAGCGACACUAUCUCAGCUGCCCAUACUAGCCAA